GCCGCACCGCAGAGAAGAGGCGGGUCCCACUUCAGUAGACCCCGAGGCGCUGGCUGGAUCUGCAUCUCGAAAUAUCGAAGACAGAAACCAGCACGGAAGAGAAUCAUGUCUGAGCACAGCAGGAGUUCAGACCCAGAAGAACUUGAUGAGGAGAUCGAUGAAGAUCAGAUCUUGGCCAACUUGUCCCCCGAGGAGCUGCUGGAGCUGCAGUCGGAGAUUGAGGUCCUGGCCCCGGACCCCCGGCUCCCCGUGGGGAUGAUCCAGAAAGACCAAACCGACAAGCCCCCGACGGGCAGCUUCGACCACAGGUCCCUGGUGGACUACAUGUACUGUCAGAAGGCGUCCCGGCGGCUGCUGGAGGACGAGCGGGUCCCGGUCACCUUCGUGCCCGCCCAGGAAAACACUCAAGAGCAGCAUGAAGAAAUGAACAAAGGUAAUAAAAAAGUGGCCCAGUAUUUAAGGGAAAAUCUCAAUAAUGAAAUCGCUGCAAGUAAAAGAGAAUCAAAGGGCAGCAACAAUGUCCAAGAAACAGACAGUGAGGAUAACAAUGAUGAUGAUGAUGAGGAGGAGGAGGAGGAGGAGGAGGAGGAAGACGAGGAUGAUGAAGACGAAGAUGAUGAAGAUGAUGACGGAGAAGAUGAGAGUGAAGGGAGUGAUGAAGAAACAAAAAGAGAAGAGAAAGGCAAAAUAAAGGAGCCAAUCAGAAAUGGUGAGAGCAACUGCCAGCAGAAAACCAACACAGCCUUUGAAGAACAGAAAGACAGACCAGAGGCCCAAGAAAAAAGUGAGAAAAAAGUAUCAAAAUUAGACCCUAAAAAGUUAGCUCUAGAUACCAGUUUCUUGAAGGUAAGUGCAAGGCCUUCAGGAAACCAAACCGACCUAGACAUCAGCUUGAGGCGAGUCAGACAGAAUGAUCCUGACAUGAAGGAACUCAACCUGAACAACAUUGAAAACAUCCCCAAGGAAAUGUUGCUGGACUUUGUCAACGCGAUGAAGAAAAACAAGCACAUCAAGACCUUCAGCCUAGCCAACGUGGGUGCGGACGAGAACGUGGCCUUCGCCUUGGCCAACAUGCUCCGUGAGAACAGGAGCAUCACCACGCUCAACAUCGAGUCCAACUUCAUCACCGGCAAGGGCAUCGUGGCCAUCAUGAGGUGCCUCCAGUUCAACGAAACGCUCACUGAGCUGCGCUUCCACAACCAGAGGCACAUGCUGGGCCACCAGGCCGAGAUGGAGAUAUCCAGGCUUCUCAAGGCCAACAACACGCUCCUGAAGAUGGGCUACCAUUUUGAGCUCCCAGGCCCCAGAAUGGUGGUGACCAACCUGCUCACCAGAAACCAAGAUAAACAAAGGCAGAAGAGGCAGGAGGAGCAAAAGCAACAGCAGCUCAAAGAGCAGAGGAGGCUGAUCGCCAUGCUGGAGAACGGGCUGGGCCUGCCGCCAGGGAUGUGGGAGAUGCUGGGGGGACCGAUGCCAGAUUCCAGUCUGCAGGAGCUCCUCCAGCCUCCUCCCCGUCCUCCCAACCCCCCAGCGGUCCCCUUCGGCCGGCGAAACGAAGCGAUGAGAAAGCCAUCGCAGUCCCCUCCACACAGGACGGACCCCGACUCCUUCCGGGGCGUGAAGCUCAAGAGGACCCAGCGCAAAUCCCGGAUGCCGGAAGCCAGAGAAAGCCAGGAGAAAACCAACCUCAAAGAUGUGAUCAAAACGCUGAAACCCGUGCCCAAAAACAGGCCGCCCCCGUUGGUGGAAAUCACUCCCAGAGAUCAGCUCCUGAACGACAUUCGUCACAGCAACGUGGCCUACCUUAAGCCUGUGCAGCUGCCGAAAGAACUGGAAUAGGAGGCCACAGACGAACCUAGAGGAACAGGAACUGGAGUGAGGACUUGGACUAGAGCUUGAGGCUGCAUGAGCAGCAUGGCUCUGGCUCCAGAACAACGCUCACGUCUGAUGGAAGGAUUUUAUAAAAGGCAAAGUGCUUGGCACGUGGCAGUAUGUGGCUGAAGGGGAAGAGGAAGGAGAUUAAAUAGUAAUAUUUGGGGCAACAUUUUCUACUGCCCAUCAGUUGGAGUAACUAUGGUGAAAUUUAGUCAUGCUCCCAGCACAAAAGUUAAAA